GUGUGUGCGUCAUCAUCUUUUGCAGAGAGGCUAAGCUAUGCAAAUAGAUCCGAUUUGAAAGCGACAGCAAAGGACACGCGCUGUUGUGAUUCCCCAAAUCUGUCUUCAGUUUAAGAGCGCGAGAGCGCGCGAGAGGUAUCUUGUCCACUAACUGCAGAUGAGAAACUCCUUAGAAGUCAGAAAGUUUUUUUAUUGCUCUCAGAGCUCACGCGAGAGAAGAGAAGAGAUGUAUUCGGUCUGCUGACUCACCAGGAACCGCCAACAAGACGGGACACAUAAAUUGCGCUAGACAACCAGGGUGUGUGUGUGUGUGUAACGGGCGGUUCCCGACCAACCCUGUCAUGUGAUAAUAAGGUGUGUCUGGUGGACGCGACGCUUCAUGCUGCUUUGUCUCCAGGACACUUUUUUUUCACCUGACGGUGACGGUGAACUGCGCGAGCUGUCACGCAUGACAGACUGCAGCGCGAGCCGGCGGGGAAAGUUUUCACACGAGCCGAGUCUCCAGACGGCCGGAGAGAUAAGAAUGCUGACUGCGCUCCUCGAGAAUUAGUGUCUGGAUGAAAGGGCUUGACUUCCGACUUAGACUUUUUGGGAGAGGAACCGCUAAGAGUUUUAAAAACUGAACUUGUUUUGUUUUUAGAGAUAGAAGGAUCGUUCGCCUGUUGUGUUGAAAGACUUCGUCAGUUCUUAAUCUGACUGUGCCGCUCUUUGGAUGAACUGACUUCCGACUUUUUGGGAGAGUAACAGUUACGCGUUAAUCAAGUCCACAUCGUGAAUCUGUAGACAACUGGACUUGUGUGGCUUUGUUUUAAAGAGAUUUAAGGACGUUUGGCCUCUUGCGUUUUAAGACUUAUUCAUUUGUAAAUCUGAUGUGUGAGUUGGCGGUCAAACGUUAUUGAUGUAAGGGGAGUUCAGUUAAGUACGCGUGGCCUUAGAGCGCACGGAUUAUAUGGCGAUUGGCUAUCUCCCGAUAAUAUGGGCUCUAUAUCUUGAUAAUAUGUGGAGCUGGAGUAUCCUAUGGCCUAGAAGACCUUACGGCAAUCCGAAGUGUUUCUUUCGCAUUUAUAGGCCUAAUGUAUGUAGGCCUAUCUAAAGAUAAGUCACUGUCAGUCACUAGCCUAAGUGUUGUCAUUAGUGAUCCACUGAGAGCGUUAGAGUUGUCGUUGGUUACGUGGGUUAAGUUUACACUUUAGCAUGCCAUGGCGCUGUCUCAGUGUCUCAAUGACAACCAUGUCAACUGGCUAGUGUAGUUAAUAACGGCAUAGUUUAGUGUUAUCUUUGGUGGUUAGUAAGUGUAGGCCUAUAGUUUAUAGUAUUGUACAUUAUUAUCUAGGCCUAGUCGCUAUGGCGUUGUCUCAGGUGCAGUGUCUGGAUCACAACCACGUCAACUGGCGCUUGUCGGAGUCGAAGCCUGAGUUCCUGUAUAGUGAGGAGCAGCGUCUCGCAAUCGAGGCCUUGGUCACGGGAGGUCGCGAGGCUCACCGGGAAUACCUCAAGCAGAGCGAGCUCAGACCCUUCCUCUCCGACCAGGAACUGGAGCGCCUGUGGCAGCGUGUGGAGGCGUACCAGCCCGGCUCGGAAAUACGUAGUGGUGUAAUCACUCAGGACACUGGUGACGGUGAGACGGGAGGAGAGGAGCGUGCGCUGUCGUUACAGUACUGGCCGGACCGCUCGGAUAUCUCGGUUCCGCAGCUGGACAUCGGGUGGCCGGACUGCGCGGCCUACCGGGGGGUCACGCGAGCCACUGUUUACACUCAGCCGCCAAUGGACUCACAGCCUCACAUCAAAGAAGUGGUGAGGAAAACCAUCGCUCAGGCACAGAAGAUGAUUGCGGUGGUGAUGGACGUUUUUACCGAUGUGGAUAUCUUUCGGGACCUUCUGGAGGCGGGCUUUAGGAGGAGGGUGGCGGUUUACAUCGUCAUAGAUACGGCAGCUGUCAAUCAAUUCCUGCACAUGUGCACACGAGCGAGCAUGCACACGGGACACUUACAGUUUCUGCGUGUGCGUUCUACAGGGGGUUCUGAGUUCUAUACGCGUUCAGCUCAGCUGAUCUGUGGAACUCUCGCUCAACGCUUCCUAUUGGUGGACGGAGACAAAGCUAUAUCAGGAUCAUACAGUUUUACAUGGUCUGCUUCUAGACUGGAUCGUAACCUGAUCACGGUUCUAAGUGGCCAGGCCGUCGAGACCUUCGAUCGUCAGUUCCGUGACCUCUGGCUGACGUCUCGUGGCGUCUCCCUCUCUUCGAUCCCAUUGGAUGAGCUGCCGGCCCCUGACCCUGCCCCCGCUCCCGCCCCCAACCCCGUUCCCUCGGCAGCGGUUGCCAGGAAGAUGAUCAACCCCAAAUACGCGCUGGUCUCCGCGGAUACCGCUAGCCGCACCUCGUCUGACAAGAACAGCAAGAACAGCGCCGCGGCAACCACGACCCAUAAUGCACUGCAGCGCGCCAACCGGGCUCAGAGGGGAGGAGCUAAGCUGGUCCAUACCCACCCGGGUCUGUUGGGAUUAGCUAAAGCUGAUCUGGUGGCCUACCUCCCCAUCUGGCCUGAGCCCGACCCUCCCAGCGACGUGAUUGGAUACAUCAACAUUCGGGAUGUCAGCAGGCCUGCUCCAGCUCACCUGAUGCGUUCCCAGCUGGCUGAGACCUCGCAAGCCAUUCGCUUCAGUCGGCCACUGCCCACCACACACACUGACAAACCCACCGACCCGCAGACACACACGCACACCGACACACACACACAGCCGCAGACGCACAUACACACCAACAUACACCCUGAGGCCCAGACACACACAGAGACACACACACGCAAUGACGCGCAGUCUGGCACACACACUGAUGACCAGCGGAAAACACAAUCACACACGCACAGCAGCAGCUCGCCGGCCGGAGCCAAAACAAACACACACACUCACACACACACGCCACACACACAGCAGUCACCGACCCCAGACACACACACUGCACCUGUUAACACACACGCACAGCUAUCAUCCACACACACCUCAGACACCCACAAACAAACACAAGGCUUAGACAAAAACACACAACAAACACACACUACUGAAGACAAAAACACAUCCCUCAAACACACCACAGACACAAACACCCCACUGUCGCACCCCUCUACGCCUCCCACCCCCAAACCUCGCACCGUCAAGCUGCGCCUCAACAGCGAUGGUACUGACAUCAGGACACACACACGUGCAGACGCAGACACACACAAACCCUCACACACACCACACUCUAACACACACAAAUCCUCACACACACCCCGUGCUCGCAGACAGGCCAAACCCACUCACACACACAAAGCCAGCGCAGAACAAACACACACAGCCAGAGUAGAACAGCCGAGCUCAGAGCACAUGCACUCGUCCAGCUCGGAGGAAUAUGAGGACCCGAUAGAGAACACACACACACAGAACACACACAAUACACCACCUGGCACACACACACACCACGAGGACGAAGAUGAUGACAUGGGGGUUGGCGUAGUAAUGCGUGGCCAGGGUUCCGAUGCCUCUGAGGAGUUCUAUGACUGCGACUCUGCAGACGCUACAAGUUGCCACGGCGACCUCACCAGUGGAGACACCAGUCAUGAUGACCACACCCCCUCCAGCCAGGAGCCCCACCCCCCCGCCGACAGUCCCUUUACUCAGCGUCUGAACCUGAUGGCUCGUCUCUCCCAAUCAAUGUUGGACCUCCGACCACAACCACCAACUCAGUGUUUCAAGUCUUCUUCCAGGUCCCCAGGCAGAGAGAGUCAUGGGAGAGUGGGUGGGGCUAAGGUGGUGAUCGCUAAGCCGGGUGGCUACAUCGGCUCAGGUGCUAUUGGUCGGUCUCCUGCAUCGCGCAACACAAUUGGUCGAUCUCCUGCAUGCCGACCUGUGAUUGGAGGAGCUCGCUACUGGCAGGACCGCCUCUCUUCUUCUGGCCACGCCUCCCCGACACACACGCCCCAAGACGUGCACACACACGCACACACGCGCUAUGGCAGGCCCGUGCGGAGACAGACCGCCCUGUUCGCACACAGCAGCUGCUCACCCACACGCCGCUACGGCGCACACACACAUGCACUCACACACGCGCACACACACACUCAGUCCCCCUCUCCUGCAAGACGCACACACACUAACACCUACUACCGCCGAGGCACACACACACUCUCCUGCCCGCCCACGGCCAGACACACACACACUAUCUCAGAGUCCCCCAGCCCGCGCGCACACUCACGCACCAAAGCAGCCACUGCCACAGGGUCAAGGGGCGUUGCCAAGGCAACAAACUCAAGGAAGAAAGGAUCAGCUGGACACAAGAAAUAAAACACAGCAGGCUAACAGUUAGCUGUAAAUUACACACACACACACACACACACACACACACACACACACACACACACACACACACACGCACACGCACGCAUAGGCUCACACAUACACCUUGAGAGUCUACACCAGCUAGCCAACCUAGCUGCCCCAUUAGCUGUUGUCAAUCCAACAUUAAUAUUACAGGCUAACCCCAACAAUGCUAACUCUAAACUUAACCCCUCAUAAUAUCAUAUUGCAGCACAAUUAGCCUUUUCCAUAUGACAUCAGACCCCUUCGAUUCAAUGCAUUUGAAACAGAAACAGGAAAUAAAACAAGUAAAUAAAAUUGGAACUUGUCUGAUGUCAUGGUGAAAUUAACGAUAGUUAGCCAGUUAGCGAUAGCAACAGGGCUAACGGUCACCGUUGAGGAUCAUGUAUCGCAGUCAUCAGAGAAUGGUGUCAUAGUCAGUAUUUCAAUAGCCAUGCUAAUGUAGGGCAUGCUAACCUGUGGAGUGUUAUUGACAAUAAAGUGAGUAUUGUUAACAUAGUACACAUGCUAACAUGAUAUAGCGCAUGGUCUAGAGUGAGUGUUGUUGAUGUUGGAGUGACAGAAUAGGGAGAGCAUGUGAAAAUGAACACCUCAUUGGAAAAGACCCAUUGUGUUGUCACUAUGACACAACACACAGUACACACAGCAAAUUUGCAUUUAUGUUUCACCCGCGGAAUGCAAGGGAGCCGUUUGGGGGGGACUUGAGUUACAGGCGAGGUUACAAGCUGCACUUUGCAGCAAACCCAUGAUGCACUUCACCUUAUCUUAAUGCUAAAGCACCUUUAAAAUUUAACACGCUACUGACAAUCAUAGUAAGUCCUAAUUUUUAAUGUACCAAGACAAUUCUAAUACUAAUAGUAAUACAUAGCUUUAGCUUUAUAAUGCUUUCCAAUCCAUUUUAAUAAUAGUAAUAGUAAUAGAUAGCUUUAUAAAAUUGUAGACGCUUAAGACGCAAAACUGUUCUUAUCAUAUUAAAAGAUGUCGGCUAACUUGAGAUGUUAAUGACUUGAGUUAGCAUGCUGACAUGCUAACUGUUGAGUAACCAACAUGCCAAAUAAAAACAUCUCAUUGUGUGUGUGUGCGUGUGUGUGUAUGUGUGAGCAUUACAACUGUGUGUGACUGUGUGUGUGUAAGAGAGAGAGCAUGUUAUAAUCGUAUGGGUGGAGGAAUUUGCACCUUUAAGUCGUAUUGUAGUUCAGUAAUAAUAAAGUCCAUCUGCUGACGUUGCUAUGGCCAAAGAAUGGUCUAUUUGAGUAAGAUACCCCAAACUCCGCCCACCCAAUACAAAGCAGUGUGCUCAAGUUUGGUCUCCUUUGGUCUGUUUUUGUGAUGUUUGGUGGUGGCUUGCACAAGAUGUGCCCUACAGCCAUCUACAGGGCUAAGGGAACUCUAUUUAUUCUCAACCUCAAGACUCCAAAGGUCUCCUAACCGAAGGUCUCUUGAGUAGGGUGCAUCAAACGCCCCGACCUCUGAAAAUCCUGCUCUGCUUCUGCUUUUGUUCCUUUCUAUAAACAUAACACCUGUGUAAAAUCUUAACAAAUUUAGUUAAUGUUAAAAGGUGGCACACUAUGCUUGAAAUUUUGAAUGGCAGUGGAUGGGCUAUUUUAGCCAAAUCCUUGAAAAGUGUGUUUUUACACUAUUUUGGUCAAAAUAAGUGAAAAUCAUUUGGAGGAAUGCUCCAGUUCCCUUUCCACUUUCCCACAUUUGAAAUUUCCUGUGUCUGUUUUUAGAGCCUUCCUUCAGCAUGGCUUUAGGCCCCGUUUGCCAAUCUUUUAGCCAUGUUCAAACAUCCACGUAUCCAUGAUUUAGCCCUUUUUGGGGGUUUUGAUGUCCUGGGGCAGUGGAAAGGCAACUGGAGCAUUCUUUCAAAUGACUGUUCUCACUGUUUUCUCACUGCAUCAAAACAGUCUCAAAAAACGCUUUGCACAGAUUUAGCCAAAAAUGCCUAUGGGUCAAAUACGUCCAAAAAGAAAUUGUCAUUCAGUGUAACGGAUACCUUCUGCUGACUGUAACUGUAAAAAACAUGACUCUUUUUUUAUUUUAUUUUUUUCCAGUGAAUUCAUGAAAGCCUCGGCUGGCAUCCAUUCACUUGAAACAAUUUUAAAAUCAUGUUUUUUUUACAGUUACAGUCAGCAGAAGGUAUCCGUUACACUGAAUGACAAUUCCUUUUUGGAUGUCUUUGAGCCCCAUUCAAUAUGUCAAGCCUAUUGUGCCACCCUUUAACAUCAAUCAAAUUUGUUAGAAAUUUACAAGGGAGUUAUGAUAAUGCAAAGGAACAAUACUGCAAUAGCAGAGUGGGAUAUUGCAAAAAUUUUCAUUUUUGAGGGAUGUUUGAUGCACCCUACUCUUGAGGCGAUCACCUGACACCACAUGGAUCCCGGAAAUGUCUGAGCCUGAAGUAUCUUACUUUAAUAGACUUACUCUAAUAGACUAUUAUUUCCUAUGACAACUUGGCAGAACUAUGGGAUGGUUGCUAUGAUGACCUAGGUUGAGUUUUUUCUGAUGUUUUAUUGACGCUUUUGCUGUUAUGGGUCUCUGUGUGUGUGUGUGUGUGUGUGUGUGUGUGUGUGUGUGUGUGUGUGUGUGUGUGUGUGUGUGUGUGUGUGUGUGUGUGUGUGUGUGUGGUGUUGUGGCUGGGAUUUCUGCUGUUACAUGGAACUUGGAAGUUUACUUUUUGAUGAACAUUAUUGUAAAAGACAUUCUGGGGUUGUAGUUGUUGUUUAAAUAAUUUGAAUGUUCCAUUGUUUAUGUUGUUUUUGACCUCUGUUUCUUAAUAAAAUAUGAACCUUGUUGUCAUA